CGUUCGUCUGUCUGACGACGUCGAAAGUUGUGUACCUCACCGUGGAGAUAGGUGGUUAAACCUGUGGGAUUAUUUGUGGGCAGUAUUUUUUCCACAUCCUCACUCGCCGUUGGUUUGCAUCGGACUGUGAACGCGAGGAACCAUUUUGUUUUCAAUCUACUCACAACUGUCGUAAACGGCUAAAUAAUGGGGUCAUCCAAGAAACACAAGGAAAAGAGUCGCGACAAGGAAGCGGAAGACCGCCGUCGCGAACAUAAGAAACAUCGCCACAAGGAACGAGAACGAGAUGCUUCGGACCGGGACGCUACUCGGGAUAAAGACAAAGACAAACGAAAACGCUCCAGGUCCCGGGAAAGAACCGGACGGGACCGCAGCAAAGGUGAAAGGAGCACCGCCGAGCCACGCGUGAAGAAGGAGAAAGUCGAUCUUGCCUAUGAAGCGAGCAGUGCAGAAGUGGGGCCCCAGUCAGCAAGUGGAGACGCAUCUCUCAGCAUCGAGGAGACGAACAAGCUCAGAGCCAAGCUGGGUCUGAAGCCUCUGGAAUUAAAUGAGAACAAGAAGGAGCUCGGCACCAAAGAGGAUCCGUUGGUGGCAGAGACGAUCAACCCUGUUCUCAUUAAAAAGCAGAAAGAUAUGAGGGAGAAGCUUGCAGCUAUGAAAGAAAAACGCAUCCAGAACCUGAAACUGGGAAAAAUCAAGGCCAUAGCGGAGGAAGACUGGUUGGAUGAUGCCUCUGCCUGGGUUGAGAAGAGCAGAAAUAUGGCAAAAGAAAAGGAGCUGGCCGAGAAAAGAGCCAAAGUUCUGCAGGAGAUGGACGAGGAAUUCGGCGUCAGCAGUCUGGUGGACGAGGAGUUUGCACAAAGCAAAAAGCAUUUGUACACCGCUCGUGAUCUAAAGGGACUCAAAGUGCAGCACAAGGUAGAUUCCUUCAAUGAGGGCCAGACUGUCAUCCUGACCCUACAAGACAAGGGUGUACUGGAGGAGGAGGAAGAUGUGCUUGUGAACGUGGGAAUGGUGGACAAGGAACAUACCGAAAAGAACGUGGAGUUGUUAAAGAAAAGGCCUGAAUACAAGCCCUAUGAAGAAGACGAGAGUGUGGAUGACAUGAUUACAGCGAAGCCCCACACUGUCCUGUCAAAGUACGACGAGGAAAUUGAGGGUGAAAAGAAAAAGAGUUUCCGGUUGAGCACGGGAGGCUUUGCCGACGGCGAGCGAGAACGAGAGAUUCAAGCCAUGAGAGAGGCUCUACGAAAUCAGGCCCAGUCCUUGGAAAUGCCUGCUCUUGCUAUCGCCUCUGAGUAUUACACAUCUACGGAAAUGGUGGGCUUUAAAAAGACCAAACCCCGCGUGAGGAAAAUCCGGAAGAAGGAGAAGCAGACGGCUGCAGACGAGCUUCGCAUCGAUGACACUCGCAGCACCGAUUUUGGCUCGAGGACGCGUGGCCGGGGUCGCAAACAGUUGGAGGACGUCGUCGAGAAAGUCGAGGAGGAGACCGCCGUGGCCUCCAAUGUCCCCCAAAUGUCAGAUGAUGUUCGGAUGGCAGAAAUGGAGAUGAGCGACGAGGAAGACUUCACUGUUCCAGAGUCGACGGUGUUUGAGGAGGAUGAGGCGGAGCAGGAGCUGCAGAAACAGCUGGAGAAGCAGAGGAAGCUGAAGCAAAGGCAGCUCCUCAAAGACUCUGGGGAGAAGGUGGCGGAGAAGAUCAAAGAGCUCGACGAAGGCGGCCUUGAAAAUGAUCCCGAGCAUAGGAAUGGGUUGAACAUCGUCUUCAACGCCACCUCAGAGUUCUGCAGAACCCUGGGUGAUAUCCCGACGUACGGGCUGUCUGGCAACAGAGAGGACCAAGAAGACAUUAUGGACUUUGAGGAGAAGGAAGAGAAGGAUGACGCCGGAGAUUCGGAAUCCGAAUUGGAUGACAAUGUUGGCUGGAGCACCGUGAACCUGGACGAAGAGCUGAAGCAGCCCGAUUUUGCGACGGCCUCUGCCACCAUUUUGGACGAAGAGCCCAUUGUCAAGUCUGGUCUCGCUGCUGCUUUGCUGUUGUGCAAAAACAAAGGCUUGUUGGACACUGAAAUGCAGAAGAUCUCCCGUGUCAGAGCAACAAAAGGCGCCUUGCCCAACGAUAACUACUGCAUCGAGGACAAGAUGGGCUUCGACGACAAGUACAGUCGCAGAGAAGAAUACAGGGGCUUCGCUCAAGAUUUCAAGGACAAGGAUAGCUACAAGCCCGAGGUCAAGAUCGAGUACGUGGAUGAAUCCGGCCGACGGCUCACUCCGAAAGAAGCGUUCCGGCAGCUUUCACAUCGAUUCCACGGGAAAGGGUCUGGGAAAAUGAAGACCGAGAGGAGGAUGAAAAAGCUGGAGGAAGAGGCGCUGCUGAAGAAGAUGAGCAGCAGUGACACUCCUCUCGGGACGGUGGCUUUGCUCCAGGAGAAGCAGAAAUCUCAGAAGACUCCAUAUAUUGUGCUGAGUGGGGGUGGGAAAAGUAUGAAUGCAAAUACCAUCACCAAAUAAGUGGGGGAGGAGUGAAUUAUCUUUAACACAAAAAUACACUGACACAUUCAUUGAUACACACACACACACAGGAUGUUUUAAAGUAAAUGCCUACUUCAUACAAGCUUUGUUGUUGUAGUAAAGAAUUGUCCAAUAAAAUUCACUCAUUAA